UUGCUUUUUUUUUUCUUCACUUUUUCUACCUGCAGAAGCAACUGAAGCGAAGAGAGCAAGAAAAAUGGCUGAGAGUAUUAUCACCUUCUUCAUAGAGAAGCUGUCCGACUUGAUCACUCGAGAAGCAAAUUUCCUUACUGGAGUGGAUGAGCAGAUCGAUUCACUUCGUAACGAGCUCGAAUGGAUGCGUUCUUUCAUGAAAGAUGCAGAUGGAAGAUGCAAAGAUAAUGAAAGAGCAAGACUUUGGGUGAAUCAAGUAAGAAGCAUAUCUUACGAUGCUGAAAAUGUUAUUGAUGAAUUUAUCUUUAAAGUAGAGCGUCAAAGGCAGAGAGAAAGAGGUAUUGGACAAUUGAAGCUCCUCCAUGAUUUGGGAAAUGAGAUUGAAAAGAUCAAAAAGAGGAUUGAAGAAGUUUCAGCCAACAAAUCAAAAUAUGGAAUUGAAACUUUACAAUUUGGAGAACCAUCAAGUUCUUCGCAACAGAGUUCUUCGUCGCGGAGGCAGAGGAGGACCCCUGUGGUGGUGGAGGAAGUAGAUGUGGUGGGAAUUGAAGAUGAAGCAGAAAAACUUGUGAGGCAACUGAUCCAAGGUGAGCCACAACUUUCCAUCGUUUCAAUCGUUGGUAUGGGUGGCUUAGGAAAGACAACUCUUGCUAAGAAAGUCUAUAACUGCAAUGAUGUUAGUAGACAUUUUGAGUGUCAUGCUUGGAUUUAUGUGUCUCAAGAAUACAACAUUAGAGAGCUCUUGGAGGGUUUGCUGGAUCAAGUUGUUGAGCUCAAUAAAAAGCAACAAAGGGAAGUGGCUCAGAUGACUGACCAUAAGUUGCAGAGGGAGCUCUUUGGGUACUUGAAGGAAAGGAGAUAUCUGGUGGUAGUUGAUGACAUUUGGAAUGAAGAAGCUUGGGACAGUUUGAAAGCUGUUUUACCUGAAGCAACAACAGGAAGUAGAGUGAUGGUUACUACUCGCAAUAAAGAGGUUGCACUUCAUGCAGAUAUGGAAAGCUUACCACAUGAAUUGCGAUUUUUAAGCGAAGAAGAGUGUUGGACAUUGUUUUGCAAGAAAGCUUUGCCUAAGAAUGUCCCACCUGUUCUGUCUCCCGAGUUGCAGAAAGUGGGAAGAGACAUUGUUGCUAAAUGUGGAGGUUUACCUCUUGCUGUUGUUGUAUUAGGUGGAUUAUUGUCAAGGGAAGACAGAAUCCCAAGUGAAUGGGCCAAAGUACUCAAGCGUAUCAAUGGGAAAUUCUGCGAAGGCCAUGAUCAGAUCACAAGAAUUCUAGCUCUAAGCUAUGAUGAUCUGCCCUACCACUUGAAAUCAUGCUUCCUCUAUUUAGGUGUUUUCCCUGAAGACCAUGAAAUACCUGCAAGGAAAUUAAUCCAACUCUGGGUUGCAGAGGGACUUGUACAACAGAGAGGCAACGAAACAAUGGAGGAAGUAGCAGAAGACUAUUUGGAGGAGCUGAUUGGUCGUAGUAUGGUUCAAUCGUCAAGGAGAUCCAGUGUUGGGAUCAAAACAUGUCGCAUCCAUGAUAUGCUACGGAAUCUCUCCAUAUCAGAAGCCAUGGAAGACAAGUUUCUAGAUAUUCGCCAAAUUAUAGACUUUGAAUCCCCAGUUCGAGCACAUCGACUAAUUGUAUAUGGCGAUCUUCGUAAGUAUAUCUCCUUGAACCAUAACUGUCCCACACGAUAUCUUCGAUCUAUCUUUUGCCACAACACACAAUUAUAUUACGAAAAUUUCUCUCGACGACAUUGGAGAUUUCUCUGUGGUGGUUUUAGGUUACUCAGGGUGUUGGAUCUCCCACAGUUGGAAAUCACUGAGUUGCCACAUGAAAUAGGUGAAAUGAUUCAUUUGAGGUUCUUGGGGUUGAGAGGUAACUACUUAACAAGUCUCCCAACAACCAUAUGCAAUCUUAUCAAUCUACAAACACUUGACAUAAAACCUACCUAUGCGUUGGCUCCCUGCAUGCAAGAUAUACCCAAUGCUAUCAGUGAGAUGGAUCAAUUAAGACAUUUGCAUAUGAAUUGGGGGAGGAUAUUAGGUCCAUCAAGAAUUGAAAAUCUAAGAAACCUGCAAACUUUGUCAGAAAUUGAAGCAGGCAGUUGGAUUGAGGAUGGCUUGGCCCAGUUGACAAAUCUUCGGAAACUAGUAAUACGAGGGGUCUUCAAUUCACACAGGGAGGCAUUGUUAAAUUCUAUUGUCCAUUUAGAGAACCUCCAAUCUCUGUGUUUGUCAACUUGCACGUUCAACGAUGACAAAAACAUUUUGCCAACCUUGAUAUUCUCAAAUCAUGUUCAUCUUUAUAAGCUGCAGCUGCUUGGAAGAUUAGAGAAGUUGCCAAACUUACAUGAGUUCCCUCAAAACAUCACUCACUUAAAUUUGCAGGGAUCCUGCUUGAUGCAGGACCCAAUGGCAACACUAGAGAAGUUGCCACACCUACGAACUCUUGUAUUGUGCUACAAAAUGUACAGGGGAAAGAUACUGGUCUGCUCUACAGGAGGGUUUCGUGAGCUCCAAGAACUGGAACUUAUUGAAUUAACUGAAUUAGAGGAGUGGAGGGUAGAGGAAGGGGCAAUGUCUAGCAUCAAGCGUGUUAAACUCUUUGCUUGCUUAUGCCUGAAGAUGCUUCCAGAAGGGUUUCAGUAUAUGACCACACUCAAGGAAUUGGAACUUAUCCUAAUGCAGGCUAUUAAAGCUAGGAUUCUCCCAGAAAAUGUUGGAGAGGAUUGGUACAAGAUCCAACAUGUACCAUUGGUUGUUAUAAAGGACAGUUAUUCUCGAGGACCGAGAAGCUAUUGAGAUUGUUAUCUGAUUCUAAAAGAGGAACUAAUGCAAUAAGUUUUCACACUUAUGUCAUGAUUCACAAUCAAUCUAGUUCUUUUGUGUUUGCAUUUGAUAGAUCUAAGGGUUCUAUUAGUGGUGUAGUCUCAUCUAUGUCUGAAUGGCUCAGUUGUCCAAUAUAUUGCUGUCUUGAAUGAUAUGGUGUAAUAAGAUUGUAAUUGUAAUGAAUAAAAUAGUUAUCUAUUUGCCC